UUUUAAAAUGCUUGAUGGCAUGUUUGAAGCAAUGGAUGAAGAAUUCAACCCAACAACUACAGUCUAUUAGACAAGAAGGGCGAAAAAUUGUGCUGAUUAAAUGGAUUUGCCAGAACUUCCAAGAGUAAAGCACUUUGCGGGUCUAAAAAAUUAAGGUGCCACAUGUUACUUGAACAGCUUAAUACAAUCUUAUUACAUGAGUCCUGAAUUUAGAAAAGUCAUUCUGUCAUUGCCAUUAUGUGGAGAAACAAUUGAGGAUUCAGCUAAUUUCGCAAAAAAUGAAAGCAGAAAUAGAUUCCUAUUAGAGUUUUAGAAAUUAUUCAUAUAAUUAUAAAGCUUGUAAUCCAAGGAAACUUCAACGUUAGCUCUGACUUCUAGUUUUGGUUGGAAUGAUGGUUAACAAAUGUAUUAACAAGAUGUGUCAGAUGCAAACAAGUAACAAUGUAUGAUUAUAUUUAAGAGUAUUGUUUGAGACACUUGAUCGAUCCCUAUAUGGUACACCUUUUAUUAUUGCCCCAUUUUAUAAAGGGGUAGUAUUUCAUCACAUAACUUGUUUGAAUUGCAACAAUUCUCAUGGCAAUGAAGAAAUCAUGUAUGAUUUCAAUAUCUAAGUGCAAGGCAACAAAAAUCUAUCGGAAGGAUUGUUUAGUUAUAUCAAUCCUUUUUUGCUGGAUGGAAACAACCAGUACUAAUGUGAAUUAUGCGGUUUCAAAGUAGUAUUGUAAAAUAUUAAUAGGUAGAUGCAUUGAAAGGAGACAAGAUAAGGAAAUUGCCUUAAAUAUUGACAAUAACAUUGAAUAGAUACACAUUUGAUUAUGAGACGGUGCAAAGAGUGAAAUUAAAUGAUAGAUUCGAAUUUCCAUUAGAAAUAGAUAUGGGAGUAUAUUUAGAAAAUCCAGUUGAAAACCUAAUUUAUGAGUUACAAGGAGUAAUAAUUCAUAGAGGGAAUGCUCAUGGGGGACAUUAUUUUGCAUACUUUAGAGAUCUUUUGGAUGAAGGAGAUUGGCUAUCUCACAUUCCUGAGUAUUGGUAAGAGAAGGAAGAGAGUCAAUAACAAAAGAAAAAAAAUGAUGAAGAAGUAGACUAUGAUGAAGUGAAAUUGCCAUUUGAGAUUAGCAAUCCUAAGGUUGCUCAUGGAUGGUUUGAUUUCAAUGAUAAUAGUGUUGUUCCUAUACCUGUUAAUAAGAUCUAAUAACAGUAUUAAGGAUCAGAGAGUGCCUACAUUUUAAUUUAUAGAGAUAGGACAUUGGUGCCAUCAAAAUUAUCAAAUGAGGAGAUCCCUAAAUAUCUUUAAGAUUAUGUGAGUAAAUUAAAUGAAAAAAUUGAGUAAGAGAGAUAAGCUUAUGAGGAAGCUAAACAACACAUUAUUAUAACAGUGGCAGAUGCUUCAGUAGUAGAUUUAUAAAAUCAUAAAUUGCUCAAUGAUAAUUACGAAAAAGUGACAUAUAAGUUAAAAUUGUCUUCCACAAUUUAAUAAUUAUAUGACUAAAUUAAUAAGGAUGAUUAUUGGCUCUUGGAAUUUAAAGAAAACUAUUAAAAUAAACUGCUACAUUUCCCAAGAUAUUUGAAGAAUCCAGAAAGUACAUUAGAAGAAGAGUAGGUGGAACAUGAAUCAACUUGGAUUUUAGUAAGGAGAGAUUAAGACCUUCCUUAAGUUGGAUUGAAAAAGGUACCCAUCAAACUUAAUUUACUCAUUAAUAAGCAACCCUAAUCAUUUCUAUUUUAUCUUUCAACCACAUUAUUGGAAUUAAAAUAAUUGGUAUUCGCUUUGUCUGGAAUACCGGAAAAUGAACAAGAAUUAAGAAAUGUUCAAAAUUAAAAGUUAGUCUCAGAUUUAUCAAAUGAAACAUAAUUAGAAGAAUUGCAACUAACUCUUGAAUCAUAAAUCUUGGUAAAGAAAAAGGCGCCAGUUUAAAAUGCUAACAAAAAUGAGAAAGACAUAUAAGGAGGAGAGGAUAUUAUAUCAAUUCUGGUUGAAUAGGAGGAUAAAAAUGGAGUUUCAAAAUUCUGUAUAGAUUUAUUUCUUAUUUUUAGAUGUGAAUAUCAAUUAGACUAUCUAGGAAUUGAUUGAAUUUAUUAAGGAGUAAUUUGGAAUCACUGAUGCGUAUAGAUUAAGAAAUCUUAAUGGAUCAAUCUUAUUCUGUAAAACUGAUCUACCUAUAUAACUGAAGGAAUUUUAAGCUUUUAGAGAAGGGUAAUAUUAUAUUGUUACUAUAUUGUAGUGGGGCAAGAUUGCAAAUAGAGAAGGGAGAAGUACCUGAAACUGGAAAGAUUUCAAUUGUGAUUCAGAAUAAGGAUUAGAAUAUAGAAAUACAUGUCGAUCCAAGAUUAGACAAGAUCGAAUAGCUUAAGUUGGAGUCAUGCAAGUCUUUUAAUUUGGAUCCUGCAUAAUAUAGACUUUAUAAAGUCGACUGGUUAUAAGUUCCAUCUGAAAGUUUAAAUGAUGAAUCUAAAACUGUUUCUUAAUGUUUUCUGAGAGAUAGAGAUUUACUAAUAUUAUGUGAUAAAACAGCAUAAAUUGAUUGUGAGUUGAUACGAUUUCAGCUUUAUUCAACCAAUACUGGUUAUCCAGAUGAUUGUGUCUUUUAAAAACACGAAACAAUGAGAAAGGAUGCCACUCUAAAAGAUUUGAAAUAAAUGAUAAUUUCUACUUUUGGAUUGAAUAUAGAUAUUGAUCACUUGAGAGUCAGAGACAUUAAUAAAAACAGAUUCUUUGGAUAAGUGUUUAGAAAGCUCGAAUUACCUUUACAGAAAUGUUAGUUCUCCACUAAUGAUAUUGUUUACUAGGUUUUGAAUCAACCAGAAUAUCUAAAAGAUGAUGAAAUGCUCUUGCUAAUUAAGGAGAGAGAUCCCAUAAAUAAAGUGUACAUUAAACAAUAAGAAUUUGUCUUUAAAGUUUCCAAGACUCCCACUCUCAGUGAAUUGAAGGAAUAGAUCUAAAAAUUUGUUGGAAUAGAAGAAGGAGCUGAAUUACAAUUAGCUAAAUUUUUAAUCUAAGAAUUCUAAUGGCUGCAUAUAGAUCCUAGUGCUCUAUAGAAACAGGCACAAGGAAAAAAUAAAGGGUAAGGUAAAUAGGGUAAAUAAGGAAAUUAAAAUAAUAAAUAAGUUUAAAAAUAAUAAUAAGGCCCUUGUGAUAAUUUAAAAAAGAGUCCAUUUAAUUUGGGAGAAGGAGGUAUCUAUUCUUUUAUUUAAUUAGAUUUUAUUGGUUACAGGUUUGGUAAUCAUCCAAAAGAUGACUUUCAAACAAAAGAAGAUAAUGAGGUAUAUUCUUAUAAAUUAACUUGAUUAGUUAAGAGAGAGAAUGAUUGCUGCUCGCAAAAAUAAGCACAAUGCCUUGGGACCCUUUAGGAGGUAGCAAGAAUAAGGAUUUAUCGUAGAUAUUGAAUGA